UUUCCCUAACAUUGACUUGUUUAGAGCAGACCGAUCCUAAUUGGAGCAAUUUCCUGUAUGAUGAGUCUGAAAGAAUAAUCAAUCUCAUUGACUUUGGAGCAGCUCGGGACUACCCCAAACCUUUUGUGGAUGAUUAUUUGAGAAUGGUUUUUGCUUGCGCAAACAAUGACCGGGGAGCUAUAAUAAAGUUGUCUCAGAGGCUUGGUUUCCUCACAGGAGAAGAAUCUGAAAUAAUGAUGGAGACGCAUGUCCAGGCAGGUUUUGUUGUGGGGUUGCCAUUUUCAAAGCUUGGAGGCUAUGAUUUUCGAGCUAACAAUAUUACCCAAAGCAUUUCAAAUCUAGGCGCUACAAUGCUGAGGCACAGGCUGACACCGCCACCUGAGGAAGCUUAUAGUCUUCACCGUAAACUUUCUGGAGCUUUCCUUGCUUGCAUAAAGCUCGGGGCUGUUGUGCCGUGCAGGGAGCUCUUACUUGAAGUGUACGAGAAAUAUGAAUUUGGCGAAUAUGGUAACGAAAAAUUGGCAAGUGGAUCAGGGUCAUGAUGGAGAUCCUUCUUCCGCAUUGUAACUUGUCCUGCGGAUUCAAGAAUGAAGCAGAGUCCUUAAGAGCGAAAAAGCCAACUAACAUGGUUUGGAAUGCAAUUAAAUGGCAGUGCCUGCAGCUCCAUUUGUGAUCGCAUUGGCUAUGCCUCCAUUUAGUGCAGUCUAUUUGUAACACUCCUCAAAUUUAUAAAAGUUUCGAGACACGCUAAUUAUAGAAUUAAAUUAUUAU